UCUCACACAUUCCCACACUCUUAACCUCUACGUGCAAACCACUCCUCACUUAACAUUCACGACCUAUUCCUUCGUGAGCCACACGUCACUAUAUGCGCGUGGUGAAUCCAUCUGUUCAACGCGCUUUGCAGAAAAUUAGCCCUAGACCACUUCCCUUGUUCUAUAUGCACCAUGAACAACCACCGUUUGCGACUCCGAUCACCUACUUCCGUAUCUUUUCUAUCUUUUCCAAUCGGCUGAAUUGCCCCUAAGUUUGUUUAAUUCCAAUUUCGCCCCUUCAAUUUUCUAGAUUCUCGAUUUUCUCCUCGUAAGGGUUAAAAUGGAAGCUAUGGACAUAGUUGGUAAAACAAAGGAAGAUGCUUCACUUCCCAAAGCAACAAUGACAAAAAUUAUUAAAGAAAUGUUGCCACCAGAUGUUCGUGUAGCCCGAGAUACUCAGGAUCUUCUGAUUGAAUGUUGUGUAGAGUUCAUUAAUCUUAUCUCAUCAGAAUCCAAUGAAGUUUGUAAUAGAGAAGAGAAACGAACAAUUGCACCAGAACAUGUACUCAAGGCUUUACAGGUUCUUGGUUUUGGGGAGUAUAUUGAAGAAGUAUAUGCUGCAUAUGAACAACACAAGCUAGAGACCAUGGACACUGUAAGAGCUGGAAAGUGCAGUAAUGGAGCUGAAAUGACUGAAGAAGAAGCAUUAGCUGAGCAACAGAGGAUGUUUGCUGAGGCGCGUGCAAGGAUGAAUGGCGGUGUGACAGGUCCCCCCAAGCAGCAAGAUUCAGAAGCGGAGCAAACCUUGAAUAGCUAACUUCACUCUGUUGUUCUGUAGGAAAAAAGCAUCUUUACUAGCAUCUUUAGUCUGUUUUAGUAGCAGGAUCUCUCUUGUAUUGUGUACAAAAGGCCCCUGGUGCAUGUGUCUGCUUGUGAGGGCUCUAGUUCAGUUUGUACUCGGAUGCAUUAUGUUCAUAUAUUCUGUAAAUAAGUAAGAAUUUGCUUCAGAA